UUAAUUAUUGAAAACUUAACAAAAAAUGGAACGUUGGAUUGGUAAAAUAGCUAUAGUUACUGGUGCUUCCAGUGGAAUAGGAUUAGCAAUAGCGAAAGCUCUUGUACAAAAUGAUGUUGUCGUGAUAGGAUUUGCACGAAAAAAAAGUAAAAUGCAGAGCGAGAUGCAGAAUGUUAAGGGAAAAAAUAAAGGACAGUUCUAUGCAUGCGAGUGUGACAUCACCAAACCCGAAAGUAUCGAACAAGCGUUUCAAUGGGUCAAGAAUAAUUUUAAAACGGUUCAUAUUUUGGUGAACAACGCUGGAAUUAUCAUAAAUUCCAAAUUUAUGGAUUCAUCCAGAUCUGAUUGGAAAAGAUUAUUCGAUAUCAAUGUGUUAGGAUUUAUCGAUUGUACCAAACGUGCCGCUAGAAUGAUGUUAGAUUCUAACGUGGAAGGUUAUAUUAUUAACAUGAACAGUAUCGCAGGACACAAUGUAAUUUGUUUUCCGGGUUAUACUUUUAACUUUUACUCAGCGUCCAAAUUUGCUUCUGUUGCUGCUACUGAGAUUACACAAAAGGAAUUGCAUGGUAGUAAGAUUCGAGUGACGAAUUCUAGAGGGUUAAAAAUAUUUAGAAAAAAUGGUGAAAUUACUGUUUAUUUAAAAUUGUUCUUAAUACUACAGAGUAUCAGUCCAGGAUAUGUAUCAACAGAAAUCUUGCAAGUUGCUAAUUUUAACGUAAACACCUUUAAGAAUGUGCCAGCAUUAGAAGCUGAUGAUAUCGCAAAUGCUGUUAUUUAUGUAAUUGGAACUCCACAACGCGUACAUAUUACUGAAUUGAUAAUUAGACCUUUCGGAGAAGUUAAAUAUGAGGGGACAUGAGAUUAUGCAUAAUAU